AUUCCCCUCUUUCUCAACCUCUAAUCAAAGAGAAUAUCCCUUAAUAUAAUAGAUUAUUCACAGAAAAUAUUCUUAUUUGUGAUAUCACCAAGGUACAGAGAAUUAUUUUUAUAUGGAUAUACAUUUUAAAAAAAUUACUUUCGACAGUUCAUGGAAAGCCACAAUGUGCAUGAAAAUGAUUUUUAAAUUUCUUUUUGAGUUAGAAUGCAAUUCUUGAUCCACAAAAGCGCAGUUCAACACUAUAUAUACUGGCCUAACAAAAUACAUAUUCAUCCAGUAGUGUUGUUGCUUGUUCUUGCAAGUGGCAUCGUUUCAGCCAACAUUGAGAUGGGCAGCAGGCGCUUUCUUGGAUCAUCAGCUGGCUCAGCGAGUGGUGGUGGCGGCGGCUUAAGAGGCAGUGGACUUGGUGUUGGUGGGACUCUUAAUGAUGUAGGAAGUAUUGGUGUUACAAGGGCUGGGGGUUUGCUUGGUGGUGCUGGUGUUGCCUCUGGUGGUGGGGGAAAUUAAACCUGAUUCAUUCAUAAUUCUAUCUACUGUUCCUUCCGAAAAAUGGAUGUAUUUCUUUAGUUUAAGUUUGGUGUGGUUAAUCAUAUUCUUAUGUGUUCCUUUAAGCUCCCUUUGUUUGAUUUGAAGCAUUUCUUCUUGUUCUAUGUUCCAUUUUUCUUAUAUUGUAUGCUCUUCUCCUAUCAUAAUAUAUGUUCCAAUUCAACCUCUUA